GAAAUCUCGACACAUACUACUCCGUCAUCAAGCUCUUUUCAGCUCUCAAAGCUCCAUCACAAAAAACAAAUGAUAAUCUUAGAGCACCAUCCCUCCCAGGACAAGCCCAAGGAAGCCAACAUCAAUAUGCCAAGCCACAAUCACCAAACCUUUUACAACUGCCCUCACUACACUUCCCAUGCCUUCACUUCAAUCGGUCUUUUCGCUACCUCCUACGCCCUCCUUAGCGGCAACACUUGGGCUUAUGCUGGAAUAAUUCGCCGCUUCGAGCUCGGGUAUAUUAUUCUGACAUAUUUUUGGGUCACUAUCUUCAAUCCGGAGACCGCGUGGACUACUAAGAAGCAUGUUGGGAGAGACAUUGAGAGCGGUGAAGGAAGCUUUGUUAAGGUUAAAUGGCCGUUCGUCGGGUUCAAGGCUUGCGAAUAUCGCGUCAAGACUCCAGAGGCAUUAGGAAAUGAUUGAAUUCGUGGGAUUCAGCAUGAGAAGGCUUUUGCGUUUGAAAUGGGAAGAGUUGAUUUGCUUCUGUCUGUUGGCGUGGUGUCUGUUCGGUUACUAUUGUAAUUUUUAUGGGUGUUAUUUCGACAGGUGAAAUGGGUUUCACUGGCACGUUGUAGUUGGGAUCAAUAAACUUGUUAAAAUGGAGUGUGAUUAUACUUGAG